CAGUUACCCGGCGGAAUAAAUUCAUCGAUCGGUCCCCUGUUCGCAGCGCGGCCUAACACCGAGUCUACCGGCGGAGCGGACAGAUGUCCUAGGUCGACGUUGCGACGCGUGCGGGGUGGCGUGGUGCUCGGUGGCGUGGUACGGUACGCACGGUGCGCCCCCUGAUGCGGGGUGGGCAAGUAUUGAUUGGGUCGGCGCGUUGGUCGCGACGUCCGUGUCCAGAGUGCAAGAAGAGAGGGUGGCGGAAUCGGCAGGCGCCAUCACGCGGGGCCACCGCGACCGUCGUCUGAAGGGCCGUCCAGCCAGUGGCCGCGAUCUCGAUUCACCGAAAAGAUGGUCAUGAUGGCUGGCAUGGACGACCACGAGCGAAAAGUCGUCGCCGAGUUCUGCCACCUGCUCGAGAAGAGCAAGCAGCUGUUCAACGGGCUACGGGAUCUGCCACAGUACGGGCACAAGCAGUGGCAGGGCUACUUCGGGCGCACCUUUGACAUCUACACGAAGUUGUGGAAGUUUCAACAGCAGCACAGGACGAUACUCGACACGAAGUACGGCCUGAAGAGGUGGCAGAUCGGCGAGAUCGCGAGCAAGAUCGGUCAACUCUACUACCACUAUUACCUUCGCACCAGCGAGACCAGCUACCUUCACGAGGCCUACUCAUUCUACGCGGCGAUCCGCGGCCGCGCGUACUACAGCCGCGCCGCCAAGGAGGACAGAAGCGACCUGAUGGUGAAGAAGCUGAGGUACUACGCCCGUUUCAUCGUCGUCUGCCUGCUGUUGAACCGGAUGAAGCUCGUCCGCGAACUGGUCCAAGAGCUCGACGCCCAGAUCGCCGAUUACACCAGCACCUACGAACCCGAGGAUCAACUCGAGUGGAACCUGGUUCUCGACGAGAUCAAGGCGUUCGUGAAGGCCGAGUCGACCGUAGGAGUGGUGCACUCGGACACGAACCCGGUUAUACUUACCCACAGGCUGGGUCCACAGACCUCGCCCCCGAUCGAACGUACGCCACCCAUGUGCCUAUCCCUGCAGGAGAUCCUGAUCGUUGGCAAUUGCGCCGACCAGGUGAAGUUUAGUGAGUUGUCGAUGGACAUGUUCAGGAUGCUUCAAACCCUGGAGAGAGAGCCGAGGGACGAUCCUAACCACCUUCACGACGCGUCGCCGGCCGGCAGGAUGCCGUUCAGGCCCGGGGCGUAUCCGGGCGCGGAGAACGGGGCCCCGAGGCGGGACAAUCCGCACAAGUACCUGUUGUACAAGCCGACCUACAGCCAGGUACAGGUAUUCCUCGCGAGCGGCUUCAAGGAGCUGCCCGCGAACGGGGCGCUGUUGCUCUACUUGUCGGCGGACGGCUGCUUCUCCACCGUCAAGCAUCCGGAAGAAAUGGGGUACGACCUGGGUGGCGUUUCCACGUGCAGCAAGAGGGACCCGGAGCACGGGAAGAGGCCGACAGGUGGGAAGGAACCGCACUGCCUAUAUCCGGGUGACCUCUACCCGUUCACGAGGAAACCUCUGUUCGUGGUCGUCGACUCGGACAACAGCUUCGUAUUCCAGCAGAUACCCCGUUACUUCGGCCAACCGUUGAUGGUGCUGAUGUCGCCUCAGGACACGCCGCCCACGUUACGCGACAUUCGACACAGUGGCAGCCUGUUCACUCUAUUUCUCCACGCCCCCCUAGCCGCGUUUUGCCUUAUAUGCAACAUCGGCAGCCUGGCCGUGCACCACUGGGAGCGGUGCCAGCGUUACAUCGAGCGAUUCCUCAUCGAGGCCUGUCAGCUCGUCACGCACUCCAGAUGCGAGACCAGCGUGUUGCAAUUCUUCGGCGACGAUUUCCUACGACUGUUGCUGGUGCGCUACGUGUUCUGCGACGUGGUGUUGAAUCUGCACCGGUCGUUCAGGGGUCGACAGCAGAGGCCCCGUUGCCAUCCGCCGUUGCCAGACGCGGAGGUCCUCGAGCAUCCCACCCUCCAUCACCUGGUGCUCGACCUGGCCGCCUGCCUCGACUGCCGCGACCACUUUCCGGACAGCAACGAGCUCGCCUGACCCAGGCAUCUCCCCUGCCCGGCGCCCCACGAGUCCACGUCCCUGUUGCCGGCGUAUACCCACGACUACGAUUACGAUUACUGUAACUAUAAUUGCAACAAUAAAAUCGUUACACUGAGACCUCAUUAAACCGCGUCUAAACGAAGGAGAAACGAAAGGAUAUUUAAAUAUAUAUUACGAUGAUAAGGAUGAGUGAAAAGAAGGUAAAAAAAAAAAAGAAAAAAGAAAAGAAAGGAAGGAGUAUAGGGUAUAAAGUAGGAACGCUAAAUGGAAGAAAUCACGUGUUAUCGUCGCUCGAUAAUAUCGCGAUGUAUUAUUCGUUGUGGAUAUCGUCGACGCCGUCUCAGGGUAACCCGGCGUCGUGAUUUUUCAUCGUCGUAAAAAGUCGUCCACGUCGUUCGACGAUUCGUUCGUCGAUGAUACGUCCGCGAGUUCACGCUGCGUCGGUCUUCCGAUUCGCUCGUCGUCGUCGUUGUUGUCGUCGAUUCGGGUGAAGGUGAAAGAAGAAAGACAAUACGACGCCGGGUUGUAACCACGCGUUUAUUUCUUUCCGUGGUGAGGGAACGCGUAAAAAACGUAAACACGGAGGGAAGAGGAGGAGCAGGAGAAGGAGAACGAACGAACGAACGAACGAACAAAGGGAAUGAAAAUUUCUCGUGAAUUCGUGGUUCUCCUUUAAGACUCGUUCUUAUGUUAAUCGCGACAUACCGCUGCCAGUUUUUUUGCUACGGAUUAGUAAACGAAAUACAAAAAAAAAAAA